AUGUCUAACGGCAUCCUUCGCGUAAAAGGCGACCAGAUCGUCGACAACUCUGGUAAAUCAGUCAUCCUUCGUGGGGCCGGUCUAGGAGGAUGGAUGAACAUGGAGAACUUCAUCACCGGCUUUCCAGCUCAAGAACAUCAACAUCGAGCUGCCAUGUUGAAAGUCCUUAGCAAGGAGAAAUACGAGUUCUUCUUUGAUAAAUUCCUAGAGUAUUUCUUUAUGGAAGAAGAUGCCAAAUUCUUUGCUAGCCUGGGUUUGAAUUGCCUACGUUUGCCAUUCAAUUAUCGUCACUUUGAAGAUGACAUGAAUCCUAGAGUUUUGAAAGAAAGUGGGUUCAAACAUCUGGAUCGUGUUGUUGAUCUUUGCGCCAAACAUAAAAUCUACACAAUCCUCGACAUGCACACUGUCCCUGGUUCGCAAAAUCCAGAAUGGCAUUCCGAUAAUCCAUCAAACUAUGCCUCUUUCUGGGACCACAAAGAUCACCAAGAUCGUACAAUAUGGCUGUGGUCGCAAAUCGCCGCCCGCUACCGCGACAACCCAUGGGUAGCAGGCUAUAACCCCAUCAACGAGCCCUGCGAUCCCGAACAUCAUCGUCUCCCAGAAUUCUACACCCGCUUCGAAUCCGAAAUUCGCCAAAUAGACCCCAACCACAUUCUCUGGCUAGACGGAAAUACCUUCGCCAUGGAAUGGAAACACUUUAACACCAUUCUUCCCAACUGCGCCUACUCGCUACACGACUAUUCAUCCAUGGGUUUCCCAACCGGCACCCCCUUCACCAAUUCCCCCGCCCAAAUCGACCAACUCGAAUCGAGUUUCCUACGCAAAUGCAAAUUCAUGCAUACCCACUCCGUCCCCAGCUGGAACGGCGAAUUCGGUCCCGUCUACGCCGACCCAUCUCUCGAACCCAACGCCGCGGAAGUAAACGCCCAGCGCUACUCUCUCCUGGGCGCCCAACUACAAAUCUACGAUAAAUACCAAAUCCCCUGGAGUAUCUGGCUCUACAAAGAUCUCGGUCUCCAAGGCAUGGUAACCACAUCUCCAUCCUCCCCAUACAACUCCCUCAUAUCCUCCUUCGUUGAGAAGAAACGCGCUCUCCAGCUCGAUCUAUGGGGACCCCCCGCUUCCGAAUCGUUAGACAAAGCAUUAGAUCCGCUCGUAAAGUGGAUCGAAGAAAAUGCCCCAAAAGCCAAAGAUGAAUACCCAACAAAUUGGGGCGUUCAAAGACAAAUUCUGAGAGCAGUGGUUCAAAUGUACGCUGUGAAGACUUUCUCGGAUGAGUUUGCGGAGCUUUUUAGAGGGCUGGAUGAAAAUCAAUUGGACGCUUUGGCAAGUAGUUGGAAAUUCGAGAAUUGCAUGCGCAGAGAGGGUUUGAAUAAGGUGUUGAGUGAUUUUGCGGAAGUGAGGAGGAGAGCCGAGGCAGAGUAA